AUGCUUUACAAUUGCAGGAUGCCGUUUAUAAUGAAUCCCUAUUCAUUGAGUCUUGAGGCUAAAACGAUACCCGUUCCACACUGUGAUUGUAUGUCGAUUUGUCAAACGACGAACGAGAAUUUACGAUCGUUAAUAAGCUCAUACCGUGCCAGUUGUCCGGGCAUGAUCUCGCAGCUGACCAGCGCAAAUUAUAUAAUGCUGUUGAAUGACAAGCCGACCACGGUUGGACGUACAACGGAUGUGGCAGUGCCGCAGAUCUUCCCCGCUGGUUCCAAUAAACGAAUAUCCCGAAGACACUUCGCUGUUACGUACGAUUCGGAUGGAAACUUCACCCUGCUAUGUCUGAGCAAGAAUGGCAUCAUGAUUGAUGAAACGUUUUACAGUAAACGAGAGCAACCGUAUAUUCUACCUCAACACUGCAUCAUACGCUUUCCAAGCACAACGGAUGUAAUCCAUUUCAAAAGUUUUAUUAACAAACCAAUCAUCGUGCCUGUACCGAAGAAGAGCAGCAUUUGCAACUAUCAUGAGUCUCAGUUAGAUCCGUUGUUCUCAAAUGAAGAAGUAGUACCGCGUAUUCAUGCCGAGAGACCACCUUACAGCUAUUCCCAGCUAAUCAUACAAGCCAUCAGCGCUUCUCCACAAAAGAAGUUGCCACUCUGCAAAAUCUACUCCUUUAUUAUGGACAAGUAUCCAUACUAUCGUGAGUUUGCUAUCAAAUCCUGGCAAAACUCUAUUCGGCACAACUUGAGUAUGAAGACAUAUUUCUUGAAGACACCUCAGCCGGAACCGAACAUUGGCCAUUUGUGGAUGUUGCGUCCAUCUUGCGAAGCGCAGCUGCUAAGCAAAAAGUUUCUGGUACGACGAAGUAAACCACAGAUGAGGAAGAUGUAA